UGAUCGAGGAAAAUGUAAACAUGAAAGAAUUUGAAAGCAGACGAUCUGUCUGAAACGAAACAUGUUUUUGAAAACUGUUAUUUUCCUUGUUUGAAAUUCAUAAAACUUAAAGCUAAGCAACAAAAAAUGCGUAUAAAUUUCAAACUCACUUCCGCCUUUUGUAUCUCUUUCAUGAAAGCAAAUUUUUGAGACGAAAUAUUGACAAUGAUGAACGAACCCGAAGUUGACGAUGUAGCUUUCUUAACUGGUGAGGGUGAAAAUGCAAAGAAACAAGUUCUGUAUACAGAUAAUUCAGGCCCUGACAAGAUUCGAAGAGUAGUAUGUUCAAAGCAGCAAGCCUUUUGUGUUACUGCAAUCGUGCUUUCUUCUUUACUUCUAAUUGCUAUGGUUGCAUCAUUUGCAAGGCCUAUUCCAAGGUGUCCAGUUGUGACUGUUCUGCCAGAUUUUGGACACACAACUCCGGCCUCCACGAAACAAGUGCCAAAAGCGAAAACUGGGGAAAUAUUUCCAUGGCAUGAUAUUCGCCUGCCUCCUUUCAUAAUGCCUGUACACUAUAGCUUGUUUAUGCAUCCUAACCUUGAAACAUUCGAAAAUUCUGGAAGUGUGAAUAUAACAUUUCAGGUCACAAUGCAGACAAAUUUUAUUGUUUUACAUUCAAAAGAAUUAAAUUUAUCACGCACCGCAAUUCUUGAAGGUGAUGAAAAAGGGAUACCUAUAACUCAGCGACUAGAGUAUCCGAAACAUGAACAGUUAUAUAUUGAAGUUGAUGGAACUUUAAAACCAUACAGAGAGUAUACAUUAUGGAUUGAUUUCAGAAAGCAUCUUGAAGAAAAGUUGGAAGGAUUUUAUAUAAGUUCUUAUAAAUCAUCAGGUGGUCAGAAAAGGUAUCUUGCAACUACUCAUUUUGAACCAACAGCUGCUCGAUCAGCAUUCCCUUGUUUUGAUGAACCUGCUAUGAAGGCUACAUUUCAACUUACAAUUGUACAUGAUGAAGAUCAUAAUGCAUAUUUUAAUUCAGAAGUCUCUCAGACUGCUCCAUAUGGAAAUGGGCUAUCGAUAACAGUUUUUGAUAAAACUUUAAGAAUGAGCACAUACUUGGUUGCUUUUGUUGUAUGUGACUUUAAACCACGACAAACUACCAAUCCUGAUGGCAUUAAUGUUCGUGUGUUAGUUCCACCUGAACAAUAUGAACAAGCAGAAUUUGCCCUUGAAACAGCUGCUAAUGUUCUCCAUUUUUAUCAGAUGUUUUUCAAUGUUAGUUAUCCUCUGCCCAAAUUAGAUAUGAUAGCCAUUCCUGAUUUUGGUCCUGGGGCCAUGGAAAAUUGGGGUCUUGUUACUUUUCGUAUGACAACUAUUUUGUAUAACCCUUCAGAAACAUCAAGUGAAAGUCAAGAACAUGUGGCUACUGUUAUAGCUCAUGAAUUGGCUCAUCAGUGGUUUGGUGAUCUUGUAACUAUGCAGUGGUGGAGUGAUUUAUGGUUGAAUGAAGGUUUUGCAAGUUUUAUGGAAUACCUUGGUACUAACCAUGUGGAACCAAAGUGGAAAAUGAUGGACCAGUUUAUUGUUAGUACUACUCAAGAUGCUAUGUCUCUAGAUAGUCUUGAAAGUUCUCAUCCAGUAAUGACUGAUGUUGAUGAUCCUGUUGAAAUUGAAGCAAUUUUUGAUGCUAUAUCUUAUAAAAAGGGUGCUGCAAUACUUUAUAUGUUAGAAAAUUUUCUUGGUAUGGAAACAUUGAAGAAAGGAUUAUCAGUGUAUUUGAAUAAAUAUCGUUUCAAAAAUGCACGUACUGAAGAAUUAUGGGAUGCCUUCACACAGGUUGCUCUUACUACAGCACACUUAAAUGUGUCGAAGAUUAUGGAUACUUGGACUCGUCAGAAAGGCUAUCCUCUCAUCAUGGUAACUUUCAACCAUCCUCAUGUGAGGAUCAGACAGAGGAGAUUUCUUCUUACACCACCUGAAUAUGAUGAUGCUACACCCUCAGACUUAUCUCCAUAUGGUUACAAGUGGUUUGUUCCAGUCACAUAUAUCACUGAUCUCUCCAACAAAGAAAACCUUUACUGGUUAAAUAUGUCAGAUGGUGAGUUUCUUUUACCUGCUCGAGCAAAAUGGCUGAAGUUAAAUAUAAAUCAAACUGGAUUUUACAGAGUCAUGUAUGAUGAUGGUUUAUGGAAUACAUUGAUCAAUAUAUUACAUUCUAACCAUAAAGUUUUUAAACCUGCUGAUCGAGCCAAUCUAUUAGAUGAUGCUUUGACACUUUCAAGAGUGGGCAUUUUGGAUAGUGCGCUGGCUCUUAACCUCACUCGUUAUUUAGAAAAGGAAGAAGAUUAUGUGCCAUGGGAAACAGCAAUUUUGCAGUUAGAAGUAUUAGAUGUGCUUAUGCAAGAAAGUCCUGCUCUUUCAUUAUUCCAAAAAUAUGUGAUGAAAUUAUUAAAACCUGUAGUUAGUGCUCUUGGAUGGCAAGAUAAAGGAGACCAUUUGGAAAAAAAACUGCGUUCUGCUGUAUUAGUAACAUCCAUGCGCUUCCAUAAUGAAGAAACAAUUUCAAGAGCUAAGCAGUUAUUUCAAGACUGGAUGCAACAACAUGAAAAAGUUCCUCCCAAUUUGCGCAAUGUUGUAUAUGCUGCUGGUGUGAAAUAUGGAAGUAAAGAAGAGUGGCAGUUCUGCUGGAAACAAUAUCAAGAAACUCAGGUGCCAUCUGAAAAACGUCUGCUUUUAACUGCUCUGGGAAAUACCCAAGACAUGUGGCAAUUAUCACAGUAUUUAAAUUAUUCUUUGGAUAAGAAUAAAAUACGACCCCAAGAUACAACUCUAGUUAUUGCCGUUGCUGCUCGUAAUCCUGUUGGCCGCUUAUUAACAUGGAGAUUUGUACGCAUGAAUUGGCCUCAACUUCUAGAAACUUUUGGUCAAGGAUCCUUCUCAAUGGAUAUGAUUAUAUCUGAAGCUAUAUCCCAUUUUAGUUCUAAAUUUGAUUAUGAUGAGGUAAAAAAUUUCUUUAGUGGAGUAGAAGUGGGCCCUGGUAUGCAGUCUCUGCAACAAAGCCUCGAAAGAAUAAGAGCUAAUAUUCGGUGGCGUGAAAAUACUGAAGCUUCUGUGAUUCAGUGGUUGCAAAAAAAUGUAAACUUUACUUAAGUUAUAUCCCAUGAAAUGUAUAUAAAAUUAUCUCAAAAGCACAAAUAAUAUGGGAAGCUAAGUUAAUGCUUUUUAAAAUGCUUAACAAAACCUUUACCUGGAUUAUUUAAUUUUGGAAAUCAAUUUAUAUCAUUAUAUAAAAAUGUCUUAGUUUUGUAUAAGCAUGUAAGUAUGUUAUUGUUCAUAAAAAUUAUCAAUAUUUUUUUUUUCAUUGUAACAAAGUAUUUUGAUCAUAUUAUCAGAAAUUUUAAAUAUUGCAUAAUAAUAAUGUUAGUAAAAUCAAGGAUUGCUAUUUUAAAAUUUAGACAUCUGUCUAUUUUAUUUGAACUUUGGAGUGAAUUCUAGUUUCACGAUGUGCAUAAAAAGAUUUUUUUUAACUAGUGUUUAAUUUAAAUAGCAUACUUACCAUUAAAAAUAAGAAUGAAUUUUCUUAUUAUGUGCACUUUCUAAUUAAGUGAAUAUUUAGUAAUUGAUAAUAAAUAGCAUUAAUUUAAAUUCAAAUGAAUAAUUUCUUUUUCAUUAAUAAUUUUUGCUAUUAUUCUUCCAUUUACAAAUAUAGUAUGCUUUUAAAUUUAAGGUUAAGCAAUUAACAAUUUGACAAAUACCUGUUUAGCUCUAUUCUAAAGGUUGGUCAUUGUUAAGAGUUGAAAACUUUUCAUUCUGAUCUUAAUCUCAAGGUCUAUAUAUGGUGUUAUUUUUGAGUUAGUUUACCCAAGAAACUCCAAAUAUUUAAUAUCUGGAUAUUCUCACAAAUCCAGUAAUUAAGUAUAGUUGAAUUUGCUAAUUCUAGGCUGUUUCCAGUAGCUAGCUUUCAGGAAUUUCUGUUUUAUUUUUAUUUUAUACAUUUUAUUCUGCUGUGCCAUUUUAUAAUUAAAAUCAUUAAUUAUGUUGUAUUUACUUCAUUUAAUAUGUAAUGUGUUUUAAAACAUGUUUUUAUAGUUGUAAUAAUCAUUUACUUUUAUUUAAGUAUAUUUACUGUGUUAUAUACAUUAUUCAAAAGAUUGUUCUGCUUUUGUUGAUUUUUUACAAAAUAAUUAUAUAUUUUUCUGUAUUGUAUAUGUCUAAUUGUAGAAUUUAUUAUUUAAUUUAUAAAUGUAUUUGAAACUGCUUUUUUGGUAGUAUAUUAUUGUUAUGGUAAAUGAUACUGAAUAUAUUUUGUGAAGGCUAAAUUAAAUUAUAUCUUGAAACAUAUUUAAAUGGCAUAUAUACUGAAAUUUUCAUUAAAAUUAGGAAAAAAAUGGACAUAUAAAACAAAUUGAAUGGUAUGCAAUAUUUCUCUAUUCUGUGGACUUUCACCAAGGCCCACAAAUGUUUCAAGACUAGUUGAUCCACCAUAAGUAACAUUCCAUUCUUCAGUUUCUAUUACUAAUUUAUAACAUAAGUUCAUCUGCAGAGCAGGAAUAAUGUUUUGUAAGAAGAUUUUCUGCUAGUGAACUUUUUAUCUAAUAAUUAAUCACUAGCUACUGUGGUUAAAGCUUAUUCAUGUAGGGGAAAAUGUUACUUUCACAUUCCCAAGCUUUGGGAGUUUGGGAGCAUUCAUAAAUUCACUGACACUGAUUCCUGAAUAAAAUGUCUUAGUUUUCUUAAUUGAAUCCUGCAAAAAAAAAAUUUUUUUUUUUGUCUUUAUUGCCAUUGUGAUGUUAACAUGGUAUAUCUAAAAUAUGAAAUCACUGAUUGGUUGAUGAUUAACGGGGAUAAUUUUUCAGAAUUAUCAGCACUGCACUAAAUUAGGAUUGUAAAAAACUAGAGUUUUCAGUACUCUUGAAGUUCUUUGAGAUAUAAUUCUGGAUUUGAUGUUGUCUUAAACUUGUCUUUAGAUUUGCAAGUUUCACUAAGUUUAGCUAAUGAUGAAACCAUUCUGCAACAUUUCCUUUUUCAUACUUGCAAUUUCAUUGCCUGUAAAUUAUUUGUAAGUAUUGUGCAGCUAUCUACUUUAUUAUAAUUUCUCAAUUCAUCCAUGAUUCGGAGAAAAUUUCUUUUUUCAAAAAAUCUGUGUGAAUGCAGGUUCAUGUCUGGUAAAUGUAUUAUAAACUAGAAACACUGGUAAAUAUAUUAGAAACUAUAAACACAAAUAUCUUUAAAUGAUUGUGCUAUUGUUCUUUCUAGUUGAUCAUGUUAUUUUUUACCCUGUUCAGUUUCUUGAUGUGAAUUCCUUAUUCAGAAAGGUCCUAUGUUAAUGGCAUAUGUGUUUUCCAAAAUCCCUUUUACAGCUGUUGCAGUAAUUAUGAUAUGUUCUGUUAAAUUUCAUUAUUAUAAUUAGUAAUCUCUUCAGAUUUAGUGCAUUAAAUAUGUUUGUAAGCUUCUGAAUCACAUUUGUUUUGAAUGAAAUUGAUAGCUUUAUUCUCAUAUCCAUUUUUGAAACUGAAACACCUCUAAACUAUUUAUACCAAAGAAAGUGAAAUGUUAGGUGAAAAUGAGCACUUUUAUCUGAUGGAGGUAAUUAGUUGUUAUUAAUUAUUUUUCUGAUUUUAUGAAAAACAAUAUACAAAAUUAUUUUUUAUUUAUUUUUAUUUCUAUCUAUAAUUGGGAAUUCCCCUCCUCCAAGAUUUCAUUUUUUCCCCUUUUUUAUAUUAUGCUCAUGCUUCUUAAUUUUAUGUGCAAUAUUUUUCUAAUGCUGUUGCUUUAUGAUAUUUUUUAUUCAUAUACAUGUGCUGUAAAAAAUUUUAAAGUGUCUUAAAACAUUAAACGUCUUGCAAAUGCAUUGAAUCCCCUUUAAAUAUGAACAGCCACCCAUGGUUCCAGAUGAUAUUUGUCUUCCAUUGAAAGGAUCAUUUUAGAGAGGUGGUGAUGUUUACUUGUGCUCUCAGAAGUAGGAGUUAUUAUAAAGGAGAUUGUUGCCACGAGUAGAUUGACUCUGUUUGCAAUUUCCCUAACUUGUUUAAUCCAGAAUUUUUUAAUUACUUUCAAUUUAUAAUGCAUUUAACAAAACUCUAAAACUGUCAAAGCACAUCUGUAAUCCUAAUAUUCAUUAUACUAAACUACUAUUAAGGUGUAAAAGUUCAGUAAUUUGAUUUUUACUUUAAUAAUAAUAUUUUUAUUUUUUUAGCUAUUGAAAUGAAUAUCAUACAGUAAAUAUGUCAUUUACAAGAAAUUAUGAUGAAUUCAAUUGAUCUUUAAACAUUGCCUUCUUUCUCUUUUUAUCUUUAUCCAAAAUAAAGAAAAAUCACAUCUUUAAUAAUUCACUCUUUGAUUAAAAUAAUUUCUUUUUGAAUAUUAUUUUAGUGAUUUCUGUAUACAAUUAGUAUAUUUGUUCCUAAUGAUCUGUUUUAGCAUUAUGUAUGCAAUCAGCCUCAUUUCAUUUCUUAUCAUUGUAAAAUUUACUUUUUAUCGUAAAUAUAUAAAGUAACUCAAACUAUAAAUGUACGUAGAGAGGACCGAAAUAAGGAGAUUUUAUAAUGGAAUGUGAUCACAGAUGUGGCAUAUGGAGGCGUUACAGGCAAUGCUGGGAGCAGUAGGUAAAAGCAUUCUGUUGACAUAAGUCUUCAUUUUCCAUGCAAAUUUUAAGUGGUAUGCUUUUCUAAACAAACUUGCUGAUGGACAUUUGAUGAAUGGGCUGAGGAGAAAACAGAGUUACUUAAAGGUGAUACAGAGAAUGAUUCCAAGUACCACCUUUGAGCAGCUGCUUCAUUUCUGUCUGCAGCUCCACUGAUAAAAUACAAUUUGGAGAGCUCUGUUUCAUGUAGUGAUGCAUAUCAACCAUUCUCUCUGCAGGAAAUGAUGAUUUACACUAGCAGAAUGCUUUUAUCUUCUACUCAACAGCACUCUGUACUGCCUCAGUGCACCUUUCUUGCACUCACAUUCAUUGCAAAAUAUUCUUAAUUUGGUCUCAUCUACUUGCCUUACAUUUUUCCCAGAUAUUUUUAAACAUCUUGUAUAUGUUACAAUUGAAGUGAUUAAUCCAAUGAUAUUAUUUAUAACUAGCUAAUAUUGACAAUAACUGAAUUAAAUGAACCUAAAGCUUAAAUGAAUAGUUUAUUGCAUAGGCAAGUGAUUAUUAAUAAUCUGUGAUUAUAAAUGGUAAAAAUGUAAUAAAUUUUAAUACAUUCAAUUUGAACUUUGUGCAUGUGGUGUGCAUGACAGUAUAUUUAUUGCAGUGAUGUAAUUAUCUGUGUAAUCGUAGUGUCUUGUAGCUAGUCAUUAUGAAAUCUGUUUUUAUAUUUUUAGAAGUCUGUAUUAAGAUAACAAUUUUUAUUUCACUGCAAGAAAUCUAGAAAUAUUAAUUCCUUUUCAUGUGUUCUUUUGCUUUUGUAUCAACAGUUGUUUAUAAUGCUUGCAUCCAUUUAGUAAAAAUAGCAAUGACUUUUUCCUUAAAACUGUCAUGCCAAUGAAUUUCCAUGGUAAAAGCUAUUGACUUUUGAUGCAUUAUAUAUUGGGCUGUUUUUUUAUUAUGUUUUUAAUAUUAAUCAUCUACUUUAAUGUACUUUUUAGUUGCUUAACAUUGAGGCUAUGAUUAUAUUAAGUCUGAAACCUGUAUAUGGUAUAUUGUUUUUAAAUAUUUGAAAAUAAAAUGAUGUAAAAGUUUUGAAAUACUAAGCUGAAAGUGUGAAAUUUUUGUAAUAGUUCUAUGGGUUUUUUUUUCCUCAGAUAUCUUUAUGUCUUUUUGCAUGCUUAAUUUUAGAAUAUGAUCAUGACUUAAUUUUGAUAAGGUACUUCAAUGAGAUAAAUUUUAGUUUCUUUUUCUGAUAUGUGUGCUAUUGUAUAUUUUAUGUUAAUACUUAUCUAGUCAAAUUUUGUAUUAAUAUUCGUUCAGUCGAAAGUGUCAGAUAUGUUUGAUGUAGUCUGUCUGAAAACUUAACUUUUAACGUAUGUUAUAGAUGUUCUUUUAUAGUACACAUGUGUAAAUUUGGUAUAAUAUUCUACUUUUGGUAUUUGAAUAUUUCACUUAUUUUCAGGUGUUUUUUUUUAGUACAAAAUCUGAUUGCUGUUUUGAAUAGUUAUUUUGAAUAUUUGUGUUGAUAUCCAUUUACUAUCUGGUGAUAAUUAUUGAAAUGUUAGUAUUUUUAUUUAUUCAUUUAUUCAUUUUUGUAAUAUAAAAAUAGUCAUUUGCAAGUUUUGCUGCUUGACCACCAAGCUAUUGGCAGCUAAUUAUGUAAAGUAUUUUGCUUAGUAAUUUUUCCAAGAAUAGUGAAUUCAUUCUUAAGUAAGCUAUUAUGGAUUAUUGUGAUUAAUUCUAACAUGAAGUAUUUUUUAUACCUAAAUAUUCUAUUUUUAAUUUAUUUUGGAGUAUUGAAAAGGGCAAAAGAGUUAAAAGUUUAAAGUGGUUAAAUUCUAAAGAAAUAUAUCUAUUUACUUAUUUAAAAAUACAUUAUUUUUAAAACUAUUUAAUAAAUCUUAAAUGUGCAUAUAUUAAUGUUUAACAUAAUCUAAGACGUCUGUUGUUCUCCUUUUUUGAUACUUCUUAAUUUGCAUGAUUGUGUCUUAUCAACAUAACUACUAACAUUCUGCUUGAAAAUAUUAUGGGAUUUUAAUUCUUUUCAUAAAUUAAAAAACAUAUUAAAUACUGUAUUAAGCAUGUACUUUUUAACUUAAUAUUGGGCAUUUUAUUUCUUUAAUAUAUUUCCUGUUUUUAAAUCUUUAUAGAGGAAGAUUUUUAUGUUUUCAAUUAUUUAGUAGCCUCUUUUUUUUUUUUUUUUUUUUUUUUUUUUUGGAUAAAGCAGUAGUAAUUUUGUUUAAUAGUUUUAUUAUUAUUAUUUACCAAAUGAAAUUUACUUACAUUAGUUAGUUUAGUUGUGUGGUUAAUAUUCAAAUUUAAAUUUUUAUUGUUUAUAUACUUACUCCAUUUUGGUAUACUUCUCAGCUAAAUACUUCUCCUUUUUCUUAUUAUUUUAAUGUUCCUGUUUAAAAUAUUAAAAAAAAGGGCAUUAACUGGGCACUGAAAGCUUUAAAUUCUGUACACAGUUUUAUAUUUUUUAAAUGCAUAUAUACUUAUGUGUGUGAUUAUAUGAGAUGGUUUGAAAUUGUUUUGCAAAGAUGCCUUUGAAAACAUUUUUUGCAAUACUAAUCUUAUAUAUUUUGCAAAACUCUUUCAUUCUGUGAGAAGUUGUCUUUCUUUAUGUGUUAGCUGUUUUUUAAGUAGCUGAAAUUUAUUAUGUGACAUACAUGUACAGGUCUGAUUUAUCACUUAUUUUGUUGAUUAUGUUAAGUAAAUAAAGAUUUGCGCUUUUAUAG